AUGUCGUACUACGGAAACGGAGGCUUCACCCCAUACAGUGCCGGUCACAACGGAUACAUCCCGCCACCAAUCCACGGAGGAUACUCGACUCCAUCGACUAUCCACGUGCACACUGACGGUGGACACCAUCAUGGACACCACCAUCACCAUCACAGCCACAAUGAGGUUCAUCACCAUGGAGGACAUCACCACGGACACCACUUCGAGCAUCAUUAUGAUCAUCACCACGGGCAUCAUCACGGACAUCAUCAUCAUCACUAA